AGUCAAAGCACAGAAGUGUGUCAGGAAAUCUGAAUAAAUAUCUUUUCAUUAAAAAUGUGAGUAAGUUAGGCUAACUUACAUAAGUAAGUGAGGUUAAAGCGCAAAUCAAAAUUAUUAAGUAUUUUGCUGUCAACAAAGAAAUUUGUUUAAAUUAAUUCUCGUAACGGAUUAUAUUUCUGAUGUGGAAAGAUUUUCACUUAGUUAUUCCUUUUCGGUUCAUUUUUUCCAUUUUAUUAAAUUAAAACUAUGUCAGCUGAAAAAUAUCGCUUUAAGGUUGAGUGGUUUGACUCAGUAUUGAAGAUAAAACGAGAAUUUUUAUUAAGUUUUUAUCCUUCUGACAGAAGUAUAGAUAUGUUCGACACAAUAUCGAAAAAACUUUUUCUUCGUCGCACUGUAUGUAGCAACAUUGAUAUAUCUGAUUUUUUCAUUGGUAGUAUCAUAAAUGUAUUGUCAAGGCAACUUAUGAUUGUGGGUUUUGGUGAUGGAAGAACUGCUGAAAAAUUCUCACAGGAAGUAGAAUUAACUGUUCUAAUUAUAAACGAAUCCGGUUUCUCAUACCUUGGAGAAAUAAUAUCUAUUCUGGAGAUAAAUGAUCUUAACUUUAACCAUGGUAAAAUCGUUGAUAAAGAUAGGCUUGGAUUCAGUUGUUCUUCGUUCACUGAGGAUAUGAAAUCUCAAUUUGCUAUUUUUGAAUUAAGAGGAGAAAAUGCUAUUAAUGUUGUUAGAAAGUUAGUUUACCCUGAUUUGCCUAUUCAACGACAGGUCAAAGCAAGUUUACGAGAAUUGAAACAGCAUUGUCUUGCACCUAAAGAUCCUGAUGUAGCAAUGAAAGAGUUAAGACUUUUCUUUCCUCAACAUAAAGAGGUCCAUUGCAAUACAGCUAUAUAUAGCAAUUCCACUUGCUGCAUUAUAAAGCCUCACGCAUUAAGAGACAAAGUAGUGGGUAAAAUAAUACAAGACAUUGUCGACUCUGGUUUUAAAAUAUCGGCUUUAGAAGUAGUGAGUUUUAAUGUGUCUAAUGCUUCUGAAUUUUUAGAUGUUUAUAAAGGAGUUGUACCUGAAUAUAAAGAUAUGGUUGCACAAUUAAUGUCUGGACCUAGCAUAGCUCUUGAAAUAAUAAGCUCUAAUAUGAAAAAAACAUGUACUGAAUUUAGGACAUUUGUUGGUCCAGCUGAUCCAGAAAUAGCCAGAAAGUUAAGACCUGGUACACUAAGAGCAAAGUAUGGGCAAGAUAAAAUUAAGAAUGCUGUUCAUUGUACAGAUUUACCAGAGGAUACAAAUCUUGAAUUAGAAUAUAUUUUUCGUAUAUUAGCUGAAUAGAUUGAAUAUUUUCAGGUGUGUCCGCUAAGCUUGAAGUGGGGUUUAUAAAAUUGUAAAAAAGGAGUGAGUUCACAUUUUAGGUAAACUAAAAAACAUAAAAUCAGCAGAUUAAAUUUUUUUCCUUCAUAUUACAGUUAUUUUAAAAAGAUAAAAUGCUGUUUUUUUUCUUAUAAUUUAAUUUUAUAUUCUUAUUGAUUUUUUUCUGUAUUAAAAAACUUUAAAGUUGAUUAAAAUUUUCUUAUUAAUCCCAUAUGUUAAAAAGUAUUUUGUGUUUAUAACAGAUAAGAAGUGAAGAAAAAUGUAGGUACAGUAGAGCGCUGAUGUUCCGAGCUGCUUGGGACCGAACGUGGUUCGGAUAAUGAAAAUUUCGGAUAAUUGGAAAGUUUUUUAAAAAUCUAGUUGAAAUGAUUAUUAUUUAGGCACUAACUACCCUUCUCACUUUUUCCA